UAAGACUUCAAUAAUGAAAAGUAUUGAAAAGCAGCAUCCUUUUUUUGCCCCUCGAUGAAUAUAAGAGCAGAUCUUUGGAGCUACCGACCACAACCCAACAAGCCAGUGUCUCGAACCAUGCAGUACUCCGUGGUGCUCAGCAUCAUCGUUCUGAUAUCGGGAGGCUGCGCUUCUGAGCUUCAGGGGUUCCAGAUCGUGGCAAAAGUUUUCAGACAGUUCCUCAAGUCCCAACCGGAAGACUUGUUGCUAGGGGAUGGAGUGCACAUAGUCAGUACUAGCGGUGCUAGCGGAGAGAAUGGUGCCAGGGCUAACGCAGAUGAUGGUAGUGUGCUCGGGGUGCUGGAGCACUAUCUGGAUAACCACGAGCUGAGGAUCAGGCUGCCGGAGUUGAUGCCUGGAGAAGGGUUUGGAAGGGCUUUCAAGGAUGCCAUGAACGAGGUUGAAGGACAAAAAGAUACGAGUUCAGCCAGAGGCAAAGGCGGUGGCGGCGGCGGAAAAGGCGGCGGCGGCGGCAUGGGUGGCGUCAUGGUAAUGGGUCUGAUGAUGGGCAAAAUGCUCGCUGCCCUCGGCAUUGGCGGCGUGGGUCUUCUCGCCAUGAAAGCUCUGAUGGUGUCAGCUCUGGCACUCAUGCUGUCAGUCAUCAUAGGACUCAAGAAGCUGGUGCACUCCGACCACGAUGACGGGGGACACACGGUGAUCCACGCGGGUCACGGGGGUCACGGGGGUCACGAGUACAGGAAGAAGAGGGAAUUGGCCAGCGGAAUGGCUUACAAGGGUUGGAACGAGUAUGAGACUAGUUAAGAAGAGGGUAGGGUUUGUAGGCACAACCAUAUCUUUCAAUAUUUAUUGAUACAAUAGUCAGAAUAUCGUUAUGAUCACAAUUUGAUAUGAUCUCGGUGUGCCUAAAUCAACCAGAUAAUUGUUACGGUAACAUACAUUUCUCACCGUGUGUGAAGGAAUUGUGAUCGUUGUGAGAUGCUUAUAACUCUGCGUGGUUCGUUACUCUAUUUAUCUAUAUGUACUGAAACAAGUAUUAGUCUACUUCAGAAGGAAUCAACAUCGAUGAGAUGUGCUGCGUUCGCUUCUGAAUUUUUAUGUCAAUACUCUUCAAUUUUGCUUGUAGAUAGAGACAUAUCAGUUCCCAGUAUACACAUACAUUCCUGGAAAGUCCAAGUCUUCAAAAUAUCAGCUAUUUCAAUUCCAUUGGUAGCCUCUUCCCAAGUCCCUGGUAUUUUGAUGUCACAAUGCCUCAAUGGAGUCAAAUACUCUCAAAUUCAACUCUCAGAUGAAGGCGCUACAGUUCCCAGUACACGGUGUAUUCACUUCUACAUUUUCUUCAAGUCAGAAUGUCUGAAUGGACUUAAAAACUCCUGAAUGUUGCUUGUAGGUGGAGGCACAUCAGUUCCCAGUUGCAACAAAAUACGUGAACUCAAACACUCCUAUCCUAUUCGAUCGACUAGCUGAUAGCAUAGUUAUCAACAUCUCACAACAGUAAGUAAUAUUACUAUUUGCAUCAUAUUUUUGAGUUAUUGAUUUCUCAGUCUUUGUUGGUUCUCGUAGUGCAUUUGAAUUUUGCAAUUCAUCAACUGAAUUUGUGGUUGAAAGUCCUUUUCAACACAUAUUAUAAUUUUCAAUUGACUUGGACUUGGAGCACCACACUGUAAUACAUGCAUAUCAC